AUGUCAAACCGAUGGCGUUAUUACAAUUCGAAGCGAAGCGGAUUCAGAGGACGCGGACGCGGAAGGGGGCGCGGAACAAGUCUCACCGCCGUUUCCUUGCCUCGCGACGACCCUUAUCAAAAUGGAGAACUUUAUCGAGGUGGAGAACGAGUUUGAUAGAUUAAAAAUUUUUAAUUACAGACAGGGCGAUGGACCCCAGCGCGUAUCGAGAUGAGACCGUUUUGAGCAUUUCGUUCGGGUGAUUUCAGUCGAAAGUCAGACAAACGCUAAAAAUUGCAGACGAAAUGUUCUGGGAGCGGCACUCUACGAGCAGUCGCCCAAGCUUCUGAAGAUAAUGAACGACAUUUCAGAAGACGAAGAGUUUAAAUAUAUAAAGAGAUGUAGGCGAAACAGACAAUACAACAAUUUCAGGCAAAUUUCAGUGAUUGACGACGUGAAACCAACUAUGAUUCUCGCAAAUAGAAGUCAAGAUCUCAAUUUCAUAAAUUUUUUGAGCUCACGCUGUGAGUAUAGGAAAUGUUUGAAAAAUUUAGAUGAAUCUCGAUUGACAGAUGAAGUGCGGGAGAGCGUGGAUGCUGAAACAACGGAUACAACAAUAGAGACCAUUCCGCAAUUCGAUGCUUCACUUGCGUAUUCGAGAGAAGAGGUUGAUCAUCAUAUUGAAUAACAAAAACACAGAAGCAAUUAAUUAUCUAGACCACAGUACAAAAUGAUAAAGACGACGAGGAUGAAGCGUUGGAGGAGCACAAGGCAAAGCUCUUCAAGUUGCCAAACCACUUUUUCAGUACGUAUCGAAUCCUAAUAAAAUAUUUAGAUUACCUCUUAUUGUUUUUAGAAAUGACGAAAGCGCUAGACCGGCUGAAAGUAUUGGUUGGGUCUGAAAAUGCUGCAAUGAGCGAUGAGGACAAGUACACAAUCGUGACGAUGAGAUUCGACAUUGAAGCAGUCAACAUGGUGUCGUUCGCUUCUGAUACCCUUAUUGUUUUCAAUUAAUAGCUUUCAGAUGAGAGCUCUCGGUGCUCUUCUUCUCUUUCUCGACGAGGCUCGUUUGGGCGUAGAAUCCGAGCCAUUGACUCUCAGAACCCCUGUGAAAUCAAUCAAAACUCUGACCUUGUAAGCUAUCUUUUUCAUUUCUUUUUUCCAUUUUUGCUCCAUUUCAGACAAAAUCUCGUGGACAUUGAUUUCAACUCGAUUCAAGCUCUCGACAUAUUGCCGAAAGAAUCUGACAGCAAAGUGAGUAAGCUGGAAAACGGACUGAACAACCCUAAACCGCCUAGAAAACUGCCGGACAACGGAAAUCCCUGUUCGAACUCAUGGACGGCUGCCGGUCGAUGGUCGGCAAAAGGUGCCUGCGCAAAUGGUUCCGGAAUCCGACGACAGACAGAGAAGAACUCCUUUUCCGCCAGAAAUGCGUUCAUUUUUUCAAGCAGGUUUUUAUAAAUGGUUUUCAGUUAACAACUUAGAAUUAAGGAUUGGAAUGCGGAAGUGACGGCAAAACUGAUGUCUGUUCUGGGAAAAAUAAAGCCAAUGACUGUAAGCAGAAAGAUGGAGUAGUCGUAUGAAAACAGCUUUGCUUUUAGAGUAUUUUUGUUCGCUUCCAAAGUGGUUCUGCUCAACUUAUUCACUGGGAAGGCUUCGUUUCCACCGUAAAUGCCCUUGUCGAAAUUACGACCAUCAUCAAACAGACAUCCGUGAGAGCUCUCGAAUCCAAUCCGAAACACAUUCUGUUUUCUAGAUUUCCGCAGAGUUGAAAGUAGAAGAAGACGUUCUGAAGGACGUUUCUGAAAUCGCCGUCAUCGCUGGAUCCAUUGUUCGUUUCAUUUUUCUUUGCAGUCUAUCCGUUUCUUUCAAGAUCAACUUCGAAGAAUCCAAAAUCAAAGGAAAAGUGACUGUCAUGCCGGGUGUCGACGCAGAAUUGGAUCAACGUGAAAGAAACUGUCAAAAGCGGAAUAUCUAUGAAAAUUUCAGUGAGAGUGACGUAUGAGAAUAUGCCGAUGGUCCUGACGGAGGUUGCGAAGCAAGAAGCGGAGCGGCUGGGUCUCGGCCAAUUCGGAAAUGCAACAUGCGUGUAUGUCCCUCUCGUUGGAUUUAUUUUGUCGCUUCCCAGAGAUUUUCCGGUUGAAAACCAUCCAGAGUAAGGAGGGAAAAGAGCGGAAAUCAUGAUAAUAGGCCGGUUUUAGUAUGUCUCUAGUUUAUGCAACAAGUGAUGAAUUGCGGGUGAAAAAUACGACGACCGAGAAGUUGGAGGAAGAGUUCGGAGACAUUCUGAUGAAGCUGAUCGACAAUCAGACGGCCAUCAUGCUCUCGUUGAAGACCAGAGUUAUGAAAAGGAAGAGAAGCAUCAACAAAGUUCUGGCGACGAUUGCGAAGAUCGACGCGCUCAUUUCCCUCGGGAUUGUGGCAGCAGUGAACGGAUGGAACUGCCCGACCCUGGUGGAAGAACCAGUGAUCGAGGCGGCCGAACUGUUUCAUCCAAUCAGCGCCCUCGUCGUCAAGAAGCAUUUCGUGCCCAAUGCAGUGAGCAGCGGGCGAGACGAGGUGAAAGUAAGCAUCAUUACGGGACCGAAUGCAUGCGGAAAGAGUGUUUAUAUGAAAUCAAUCGGAAUCCUCGCAUUCCUUACCCACAUCGGUAGCUUUGUUCCGGCGAGACACGCGAAAGUGGGAACUAUUGAUCGUAUUGUGACGAGAAUGUUCACUGUGGAUUCGGUGCUUGAUGGGAUGUCGACGUUCGCAAAGGACGUGGAGCAGGUCGCCCUUGCGCUCAGAAAGGCGACAGCCAACUCUCUUGUGAUCAUUGACGAGUUCGGAAAGGGAACAAUGACGGAAGUGGGACUGUCUCUGCUGGCGUCGUGCAUGAAUCACUGGAUGCAGAGGUGCGUCGACCGAUGCCCGCACGUCUUUCUCUCCUCGCACUUCCACGCCCUACCGAGAUACAUUCCACUUGAGACCAAUUUGGCCACUUUUCUGGUUUGUCACAAAUUAUCAUUUUAGUAAUUUCUAUUUUUUUUUUGCAGACAUUCACAGUUCUUCGCGAACCUGGUGGAAAAGUGAAACAUCUAUUUCAACUGGCUCACGGAAUGGUUGACUGCUCUUUUGCAAUGGCGGUCGCCAAAGAAGAAGGCAUUCCGAUGAGCGUGAUUGGAAGAGCUUGCCGAAUUUACAAAGCACUGAAGUCAGGCACUCCGUUGAGCGAUGUGCGGGCAGAAGUUAUUAACACGGACGAAGAGACACACGUGAGCGACAUGGAAGCUGUGCUGUGAGUGGAAUUGGGUGGCUGAAAUGACUGUCUGGAUUCAGAGAGAAUGAACAGGGAUUCAUGGAUGCUGUGGAGUCGUUCGUGAAAAGAGAAAAGGCUGCACUUCUAGAGGAACAGUGCAGAGAAGAUACGAGCAGACUGAGAUCGAGAGAAAGAGUCGAAGAAGAACCUCCCAGCUCGGAGCAGCUAAAAAUCAGUGAGGAAAAGACGAGGUUAGACUAGUUAAUAAACGAAGUUUGUUAAAGAUAAACGAAGAACGAACGUAAAUAGUUCAUCUUGUGAUUCUCAGAACGAGCAGUGUCGCCACCAUCCUAUCAACAAAACCUCUCUCUUCCAUGGAUCAGCUCUCCAUUUUCGAUGCUCUGUUGCCAGUGAAAAAAAAACGGAAAGAUGCUGAAGUUCAGGAAAGAAAAAUUAAAACACAAGAAACGGACACGCCUCCGCGCUCGCCCGAUCCGUUCUCAAUUGACGGAGAAGAGGAACAUCAGGUGACAUCGAACAAAUUGAUCCCUCUGAUGCAGAGACUCUCGAGUGAAGAGAAAAAAUCCGAGUCGUUAGUUGAACGAAUGAGACCUGAAAACACCUGAUCGUUCAGAACUCGCAAGGACAAUGUGAAUCAUGCGACAGCACUGAAGAAGAAAGUCCCAGAAGAGCGGAUCGGACUGAAACGGGCCCGUUCUCCUUCCAUUUCGAAUCCAGUUGAGAAGCAGAAAACAAGAGAAACCGUAAACAAAUCGUUCAAACAGUCCAUGUUCAAUACUCCGAUCAACGAACGACGGAAUAAGUGAGGGAUCUCUUCGCAAAGUUUACAAUUCUUGCGUUCAGCUCUUCUUCCGUCGAGCCACGACAAUCAUCCGCUAGAAGAGGUGUAACUGACAAGUCAAUUGAGAACUCCCAGUUCAAAACGCCGAUGAACCCGUCCCUCUAUUCGAAGAAUAAUUCUUCAGAGAAAUCAAUCCUGCGGACUCCGAGGUUAGUUUCAAGUAAACCUUCAGAUGAAACUCUUCAUUCAGUCAAAAGAGCAAACCGCCUCAAUCACUGAGUGAUUCCCAACUGGACGCCAUAUUCAACACGUCCCCGACUAGUAAAAGGUAGAGAAGUUUCCCAUUGCCCCUUCUCAUACUUUUUUCCAGAUCCGUCAGCAAUCAUUCCAUCCUUUUCGGUGACACCCAAUCGACAGUUCAGAGUACUCAAAAACCAUGUGAUCCGGAUUCUUCGCAAAGAUCAUCUUCUCGAAGAGGAAUAAGAGAAGAAGACAAAUCUCCCGGAGGGCAGUGGGAGUAAGAGAAUACCUUUCUUUGCCCAUUUCAUUUUUAUCAUUCCAGUAUAUUCUCUCGUGCGAAUUCCCAGUUGUCAAUCUUCAAGAGCCAACAGUCACAAGCCAGCAAUUCUACAAAAAACCCACGCCAUUCUUCUGCUGAUAAGUCAGCGGCACAGGAAUCGUUGAGAAGCAAAGCUUACAAACCGAGCCGAAUUCAAAAAUCCGACAUAAGCAGCCAGACGCCUACCAGCAAAAUGUCAGAGAAACAGAGGUUCACUGUAAUCGGUUGUUUCCACUUCCAACAUAAAGCUCUUAGAUCAUUCCAGCAGCAGAAAGUGCAAGCAUCCAGACAAACAAUCUCUCCGAGCAGUGUGAUUUUGGGAGAGCUGCUUCGUGGGGACGACGAAAAAACUCCGCUUCCUCUCGGGGACCGACUGGACGACGAAGAGUUCGAGUUUAAUCCUACAGACGACGAUCCGAUUUAUGGAAAGAAGAAGGCGAGAAACAGUCCAGAUUUCGAGUUCAUGAAGUCGGACGACGAGGACGAAGAAUUUCUGAACAGCUUUCUGGAGAGCGAAAAGUCAUUGGAAAUCUACAUGAGCGGUGAGAGCAGCAUCAAUAAAUCUUCUGCCCAAUGA